GAGAGUACGUUGUCCAACAUCAUCAUCUUUCGUGAAACACGUUUGGCCUCCUCCAUGUCAUGGUAUAAAUAAAUCGACGUGAGUUUCCAAGUCUGCAGCUUGGGGAAAGAGAGCUGAGAUCAGACAGAGAGAUAGAGAAGGGAAGAGAGAGAGAGAGAGAGAGAGAGAGAGAGAUGGUGAGACCUCCUGGUGGUGAUAAAAAUGGAUUGAAGAGAGGUACAUGGAUGCCAGAGGAAGACAGGAAGCUAAUAGCUUAUGUUACUAGAUACGGCUGCUGGAAUUGGCGCCAGCUUCCCAAGUUUGCAGGUCUAUCAAGGUGCGGGAAGAGUUGCAGACUUCGAUGGAUGAAUUAUCUAAGGCCAAACAUCAAAAGAGGGAAUUAUAGCAGAGAAGAAGAGGAGACUAUCAUUAAGCUGCACGAAUCAUUGGGGAAUAGAUGGUCUGCAAUUGCUGCUCAGCUACCAGGAAGAACAGACAACGAGAUCAAAAACCACUGGCACACCAACCUCAAGAAAGGCUUGAAAAAGAGCUCCGACGUCCCACGCCAAGAAAAUAACAGUUCUAACAAUCUUUCCCAGCUGGAAAAAAUACAAAAGAGAAAUGAUCCAAAUAAUUCUCUUCUAUAUCCAACAGACACUGAGAUAAUUGGUAGAUUCCCAUCAUCUGAUCUACAACCAUCCUCAAGUAGAUCCUCCUCCAUCACUACCAAUACUUCAGUUGAACCUAGGAUAAACAUGGUUGAGGAUGAUGAUUUUACAUCCACAGAAGCAUCUGCAGAAACCAGCGGUAAUUUUUGGACACAACCAUUUUUAACAGAUAAUUCCUACAUCGCAUGUGAUUUCCUGGCACCUUUUAUGGACACUGAGGAUUUAUCUCCAGUAGUUGAUGAAUUCUCCUUCCCAUAUGGUUUGUUCGAGGAAAUACAUGGCGCCAACGAUCUUUCAGUACCACUUGAAAAAACACAAAUAAGGGAAAGGGAACCAAAUGAUCCUCUGCUAAGUUGCACUGCCCAAAUAAUGGAUAGCUCACCAUCAUCACCACAACCCUCCUCAAGUGAAUUGUCCUCUAUGACCAAAGAUAAUGCAGUUGCAUCUAGUACAAACAUGGUUGCGGAUGAUGUUGUUACUUCCCUAGAAGCAUCAGCAGAAACUACUGGUGAUUUUUGGACGGAGCCAUUUUUUGAUGGUAGCUCCUACAUUACAAGUGAUGUCCUGGCACCUUUCACCAACAAUGAAUAUUUGUCUCCAGCAUUUGUUGAAUACUUUCCCGGAUAUGGCCUGUACGGGGAAUAUGAGGGCGUCAACAUGAUAAAUUAAAAAUAUAUGCAUGCAGAAUUUUAUCUAUUCCGUAUUGCUUCUCCUUUUGUUUUUAGAAGAGAUUUGUACAUUUAAUCGGAAUGGAAUGUAAUGAAUUGAAAUAAAAUUAUAAGGUUGAAUAAGA